AUGUCGCAAAAAAAAGAAAGAAAAGAAAAACAUACGGAGGAAUAAUAACAUUUUGUUCUGAUUUUUAUAUGGUCGGUAACGUUAUUUGGGCGUAGAUAAUAUGUGGUUGAAACACUAGUAACUAACCCAAACAGUUCGCACAAUAGGCCUAAUCUCUCUGGUUGCGUUACAAAUGGUUUCAGACUUUCUACUUACAAUGUGACAAUGGAGUUAAAGGAAAUUACACGUAUGGCGAUACAAAUAGAGAAACUACACAAGGAGGGAAAUUAUGAAGAUGUUUCAUGUUUACUAACAGACAUUUACAACACCAAUGUGACAUUAGAGCAGCUACAGACCACUGACAUCGCCAAGAACAUUUAUCAGCUUUUAAAGUCAUGCCCUGUAGCCAGUGUUCGGAAAAGAGGAAAGGGCGUGCUCUCAAAAUGGAAGCAUUUGUACGGUUCACUACAUGAGCACAAAAAGAUCAAAGACACAAGUCAGACAAAAGAAUGUGAAGCAACUGAACCCGAUAAAGCAGAAUCAGCCCCACAGGACCUAGAUGGAAAAGCGAACAACGACGAAACAAUUAUGGGUUUCAAAGGUGUGGAGAGUAAUAUGGACCAAGAGUCAAGUGACUCAUCUUCCGUGAGAGAGGCUUCAUCAAAAGCCAAGAUUGUUCGUCUAGAAGAAGAUACGAGAACCCCCAUAAUGGUUCCACCUCUGAUUAGCAGCUCCACAGACUCCACAGUUUUGAGAAACAAGUGUGUAGAACUGCUUAUCCAGGCUCUAAACCCAGAUCGAACAAAUCCUGAACUGACAAACCAGCUAGCUCACGUCAUUGAAACACACAUAGACGCUCUCCACGGCCGCAAUCCACUCAAAUACAAAUCCUGCAUAAGAAGCAAGGUGGCCAACUUGAAGAACCCAAAGAACCUUCACCUGCGCCAGGGUCUUCUGACUGGCACGUUGGCUCCGGAGGCGUUUGCCCGGAUGUCUGCCCAGGAGAUGGCUGGUGAUGAAUUGCGCGAGCUCAGGCAGGGGUACACAACAGCGGGCAUCAGCGAGCACCAGCUGCCCCAGGGACCGGAGGGGACGGCCACGACAAAGGUGCGAUGUCAGCGCUGUGAGGGGACGGACUGCAGGGUGACGCAGAUCUCCCGUGGCACACUUUUCCUACCCUCCUGGGUGAAGAGAGGUAGUGGCGAUGAAGAAGCCAUGACCUUCAUGACUUGCGCCAACUGUGGAGCGCAGUGGUACCAUAACCGCUGGGUGUGCCUCUGAUUUGACUCUGAAGACAUUGAAAAUAGAUUCAGGGUCUUUUGGACAUGGGUGGCAUGGUGGUGUAGUGGGUAGCGUAGCCACCUCACAGCACCAGGGACCCUGGUUUGAUUACUGUCUGUGUAGAGAUUUGCGUGUUUUCACUAGGUUAUCCAGUUUCCUGCCAGCACCGGUAAGUGGAUUGGCUGGUCUAAAUUGCCACUAGGUGUGCAUAGUUCCCUGUGAUGGACUGGCAUUCAGUCCAGGAUGUAUUCCUUCCUCAAGCCCAUUGUUCCAAGGAUAGGCUCCAGAUCUACCGCCACCCUGACUAGGUCAAAUUAAUUUAUCAUAUUUAUGCUUGUAUGAAUUGCUACUUGGCUAGUUAGUGGGCUAUUAUCUAGCUACUAAAUAAGCUGUAGUAGUGUAAAGUUAAUGUUCUGGGGUUUUUUUUUUUUUUUUGGUGAUAUAAUAUUUACAUGAACAUGUUAAAUACUACAUUCUUUUAUGAACACUUCUGUUAACCACUAACAUUUAGGAUAAAUCCCAGAUGAAAAUACAUCUAACCCUAACCCAAAAUACAUGAAAAUACAAUUAAAUGGUCAACUCCUUUCAAAUGGCUGACUCUGACCAGAAUAAAGCUGUUACUGAAGAUGAAUGAAUGAUAGAAAAUCUCUAUUGUAAGUCAUAGCAGAUACAACUCCUACAAAUCCUAGACUUUUUUGUUUGAUUUUUUUUCUCUGCCCUUUACAUGUCAAGUGCAAUAAAAUAUUUAGUUUAAAUGGGAAGGUCACUCUUUUAAUUGCAAUGUUAAUUAUGUAUAACAUCCACCUGUGCAUACUAAAAUGAGAAUGCUUCCUCCUGCACUGCCAUAGUUACUACUCCUGAAACAAUGAUUUCCUGUUGUACAUGUGGUGAGCAGCUGCUUUGAAUGUCAUUGUGGGUUUUUUAACGCUGAUUAUAAUCAGUUAUUCUUGCUGAAUAAGAUUUCCCACUUAUGAGGAAAUGAUUUGACAAUUGCUUACAAUUACAUACUGUUUAACAAGAGAAAAUGUAGAAAAUGAAUAGGAAGGUUAAAUGAAAUGGGAGAAUCCACACACUGGGUUUGACAAUAUGUUCAACAAAUUGAACAUAAUUGCACAAAUUGAACAUAAUUAUGCAUAUUUCACAAAAACAGACAGAUUUACUGUUAUCUGAAAGUAAUUGCCCGUGAUGUGAACAUUAAUAGAUGCUAUGCAUUGUGUUAUGUAGUGCCGUAUUCUGUGACAAAUCUUUCUCAUUUAAUAGGAGACAC